AUCACAAAGAAAGAUAUCAAAUAUGCCUUCAAGAAAAGAAGUGAAUGACUUAUUUUCAUAUGCCAUGAAAGGGCAAUGGGAAGAGGUUUUGAUAAUAUACAAGAAGAGCCAAGAAGCACAAAAAGCAAAGAUUACUAUAUUAGAAGACACUGUGUUACACAUAGCGAUUUCAGUUGGACAAACCGAGACAGCAGUUGAAUUGGUUAGGGUUUCGAAAAAUAGUAUUUUGGAGGUUGAAAACGCAAGAGGAAACACAGCUCUACAUAUUGCAGCCGCGCUUGGAAACUUAGUUGUUUGCACAAACAUGAUUAAGAAAAACCCAAACCUAAUCGCCAUUCGAAAUCACAAUGGUGAGACUCCUGUUUUCUUGGCAGCUCUUAAUGGUAAGAAAGACACUUUUCUUUACCUUUAUUCUAAAGACAAAGAAGAAUCUCUUGUGAGAAGAAAUAAUGGUGAUACCAUUCUUCAUGCUGCCAUUUCUGGUGAAUAUUUCAGUUUGGCAAUGUGUAUAAUGAAUUCUCAUCCUAAUCUUGCUGAUGCUAUAAAUGAGAAUGGUUUAACUCCUCUUCACAUUCUUGCUAGUAAACCUAAUGCAUUUCAUAGUAGUACUCGUCUUGGCCUCUUCGAUCGAAUCAUAUACCAUAGCUUGGUUGUGGAUGAGCUUAAGGAGGAAUCACAUGAUGUUGAAGCAUAUAUUGCAAAGAAAACAAAAAGAAGAAUAGAAUCUCUAAAUUAUCCUGAAAAUUACAAGGCUUGCAUAAACUUUUUUGGAUUAGUGUUAUUGGUGUUUCAAGUUUUAUUUGAUAAAUUGUUAAUGAAGAAAUGGAUAUUUUCUUUGUGUGGAUUGUAUCAUAAAUCUGAUUCUCAAGUGAAUAAGGAAAGAAAGAAAGGUGAUGAAGAAAAUCAAGAUGAGGUGACUCCAAGCAUAUGUACACCUGUAAUGAGUUCAGAAUCUAAAAUCAGUACAGAACAAUCAUCUUUGGAAAAUAGCUCAAGUUCUAGUUCAAGUUCUUCUCAUGGUGAUACUCUCCAACCACAAAGGGAUGAAAAUGGUCAUUUUCCUCCUAAUUAUGAUAAAAUUGUGUUGUUUGUGAAGCUUUUAAUGAAGUCCUUGCUAAUCAUCCUAGGAAUAGGUAUUUGGAGAAUAAAGAAAAUCCAAAGAAAGAAAGAGCUUCACAUGUGGGCUAGAUGUGCAAUGAAUGAAUUGGUUAAACAUACCACUUCUUACAAAUUCUAUGACAACACUGGAUUAGAUCCUCACAAGAAAACUCAUGAUCAUGGAGAAGAAGAGUCUUUAAUUCCUAAUAUUGACCCGAAUUCUAUUGUUUCUGAUUUAGAAAAGAAAUUUACUACUUAUCCAACCUUGAAAUCAAGUCAGAAGAUAAAGCUAAAUCAUAACAAGACAGUUGGGAAACAACAUACACCAAUACUAAUAGCUGCAAAGAUGGGAGUGAGUGAAAUGAUAGAGAAGAUCUUAGAGGAAUUUCCAGUUGCCAUCCAAGAUGUUGAUUCAGAUAACAAGAAUGUUGUGCUUUUGGCUGUUGAAAAUAGACAAUCACAUGUUUAUAAUCUUCUUCUACAUAGUAAUAUUCUUAAGGAAAGCGUUUUUCGCCAACUCGAUAAAGAUGGAAAUAGUGCUUUGCAUCUUGCUGCUGAGUGUAAAGAACAGAGACCUUGGCUCAUUCCUGGUGUGGCCUUGCAAAUGCAAUGGGAAAUUAAGUGGUAUAAGUUUGUAAAACACUCAAUGCCACCACAAUUCUUCCCACGCUACAACAACAAGCAUGAAACCCCUAAAGAAGUCUUCAUCACAACACACAAAGGGCUCAUCAAAGAAGGAGGCAAAUGGCUAACCAAGACAUCCGAGUCUUGUUCCCUCGUGGCCGCUCUCAUUGCCACGGUUGCAUUCACAACUUCCACAACUAUACCCGGUGGGGUCAAUCAGGAAACAGGCAUUCCUAUCUUUAGAGGAGUGUUCGCCUUUGAUGCCUUCUCAAUCUCAUCAUUGCUCGCUCUCUGCUUCUCAAUCACAGCCCUAGUAUUCUUCCUCUCGAUCCUCACCUCUCGCUAUGAUGAGAAAGAUUUCGCGAUGGACUUGCCUCGAAAGCUUCUCUUCGGUUUGACAUCACUCUUUGCUUCCAUAGCAUCCAUGUUGGUUUCAUUUUGCGACGGACAUAUCUUUAUUCUUACACACAAAUUAAGGUAUGUUGCGUUUCCUUUGUACGCGGCUUUGUGUUUCCCAAUUACUUAUUUCGCUUUUGCUCAGCUUUCUCUCUACUUUGAUCUCAUUUGGGCUAUCUUCAAAAAGGUUCCUCAACGUAGUAACAAGGCUUUUCUACACUAAAACUAUAAGUUGGAGAGGUGUUUUGUUGUGUGCUAAAGUUGGAAUUUUGUUGCAAAUUGUUUGUUAUGAGAAUUAUGAAUGAACAAUUUUGUUUCUUUGGGGGUUAUAAACUUCUAUUUUGGUUUUGUGCAAUAAUAAUAAAUGUUUUAUAGCAAUGUCAUUAGUGUUAACU